UAGGCAGCCAGCCCUGGAGGUACCCAAGUAGGUGCUUAAGUGGGUGUUUAGGUGGGUGAGACUACCUGGGUAACAGCCAUUGAUAUGAUUCUAUAAACGCCACGAUGCACCUUUCCUAUCUGUGUGCUGCAGGCACCCGAAACACCAUAUGUUGUUCCUUCCAAUCUUUCCUCCCUCGAGGCACCCUAAAAACUACUUAGGUAGGAAAUACAUGACCCCAUGGGUGCAUGUAAGGGGGGCACUUUACUUAUCAUGUAGGGGUACGCCUGCUUGAAAAUGCCCCGAGGCAUAGUUCCCCCCUAUCCUUCCAGUGCCUCGGGAAGGUCCCAAGCCCUCCCUACGAUUCUUAUCAGGGCGGGUCUUUCCAUCACCAGCAGUGGAGUUCCCCUUCAUUUCUUCAGCACUCUCUUUUUCCACUUCGGUCACCGAUGUACCUCCAUUCGCUCGUUUGCUUCCUCCUUGUCCCACAUGAAAUCAGAAAGUCUCAGUUCAGCUCACUCUAUACCCUCAUUUUUUCGCUUGUCGAUUUGGUUCUUCUCGGAAUUGCUCUUUUGUUCCAUCAUUAAACGCGACAGCGACUUGUCUCUUACACAUCGUGCCGCCACCGCGGCUUGACCGGUGUCUCUGCAAAGCCCACCCUCUGAUACUAUAACACACUCCUGAAUGUCCCGCUAUACGAUGGCUUUUUUCCGUGUCUUAGCCUCUCUAUUCGUGCUCACCAAUUUUGUCUUAGCGGAUUGCGAAUGCGGAUAUUCGAUAACAACGGCCGCUGGCAAUCAACGAUAUAUAUUCACGGACCUCUUAGAAAGCGACUUCGUUCAUUUAGAUAUAACAGAUGGGACACAGAGCUAUGGAGAAUAUGGCUGGGCAGCGCAAAAUUUUAAUAUGACCAGCGAAGUUGCGCGAGGUCCGUACGGCGAAUCAUUCAGCCCGCAAAAUGCUAUGUCGAAUAAUAUAGACAAUGAUCGAGUGUUUACGGGUUCCGGGACUAAAGGUGGUGAUGCUGGUCUUAACCUCGUGGUUAAAAGUGAAAUCGAAGACGAUUUGGUUACUGGUGCCGACGUUUCCACUACAGACACUCAUUUUUACCACGGGACAUUUAGAGCGGGUAUCAAGGUCACUGAUGUCCCUGGGACAUGUAGUGCUUUCUUUUGGUACAUGAACGAUACCCAAGAGAUCGACAUAGAGUUCUUGUCAUCGGAGUUUGAUAGGGACAAUAACACUUUUCCCGUCAAUCUUGUCCUUCAGUCCCAAGAGUCAAGGGACGCUGGGUUCGAUGCUUCGAAGACUACAGACUUCCAAAAGUUCAACCUGCCAUUCGAUCCUACGACAGACUUCCACGAGUAUCGAAUCGACUUCCUACCAGACAGAGUCCUAUUCUACGCGGAUGACGAGAUGCUUGCGGAGAUGAAUGGAACCGGCGUGCCAUCUACUUCCGGCAACUUACAAGUGUCGCACUGGAGUAACGGGAACUCGGGCUGGUCGCAAGGCCCACCAAAAUCCGAUGCCGUGACUACUAUCAGUUAUGUGAAAGCAUACUUCAACUCGUCAUUAGAAUCGAGACAGGAUGACUAUAAGACACGGUGUAAGGAUCCCUCGGCGCCGACGGCAAUCUGCGCUAUCCCCGAAUACAACUCUACGUUCUUCUUCAGCAAUGUCGAUAAUAUGACGCCUAAUCAAACGACAUAUCAUAAAAGUAAUGCCGAAAGAACAAGACAGCAAUGGCCUUGCUUAUUCGCCGUAAUUCUUACGACUAGCGCGUGGAUAGUGGGACUGUGAAAGGUAUUCAUGUUCAUAUUAGGGCCGGCGUUGUACAAAACGAAUUGUGAUUUAAGUGAUGGUGAUGACUUGGAUGAGCAUUUUAUAGGAUUCGCAUUACGGCACGGUUUUAUCACUUAGCUUAAUGAUAUCCUUCGCUCUACGCGAGGAUCGUCAUGGUUGACGAGUUGCUUGUCAUUGCAGCUCUCACGUUUGCAUGUACCUAUAUAAUUAUUUUCUGGGUCGAGACCAAAUGGGUUCAUAGAGGGCUCGGCACAUAGUUUUAUUAUGUUUUGGUUGGCUACAGUUGGGAUAAGAGAGAGGAAUGUCACUUUACGCAUUGAUCGAAGGAGUUAUGACAUAGUGGUGUAAUAGAAAUAAGCAUUUCUACAUACAACAACCUACCUCAAUGAACAUCAUCGGGUCUUCGGAUCCUCGGUGCAACGUUACGAAUUUGAAUAAUUUCUAC